AUGCUGCUUGAUGGUAUUUUACAAGAUUUGUCUGUUAAUUGCCACAGCAUUGACAAGCUCGUCCUUCUGGAAGUGCGACAGCUAGACCUGAUUGAGGAAACUCGGCAAAACAUUGACAAGAUCUCCGAGCACGUGGAAGAGGCUAAGAAACUCUACAGUAUCAUCCUGUCUGCACCGAUUCCAGAGCCAAAAACCAAGGAUGACCUAGAGCAGCUCAUGACCGAGAUCAAGAAAAGGGCCAACAACGUCCGGAACAAACUGAAGAGUAUGGAGAGGCACAUCGAGGAAGAUGAGGUCCGGUCAUCGGCCGACCUUCGGAUUCGGAAAUCCCAGCACUCCGUCCUGUCCCGGAAGUUUGUGGAGGUGAUGACCAAAUACAACGAGGCUCAGGUGGACUUCCGUGAACGCAGUAAAGGGCGAAUCCAGCGGCAGCUCGAAAUCACCGGCAAAAAGACCACAGAUGAGGAGCUGGAGGAGAUGCUGGAGAGUGGGAACCCCGCCAUCUUCACUUCUGGGAUCAUUGACUCUCAGAUUUCCAAGCAAGCCCUCAGUGAGAUCGAGGGGCGGCACAAGGACAUUGUGAGGCUGGAGAGCAGCAUCAAGGAGCUUCAUGACAUGUUUGUGGACAUUGCCAUGCUGGUGGAGAAUCAGGGUGAGAUGCUAGAUAACAUAGAGCUGAAUGUCAUGCACACAGUGGACCAUGUGGAGAAGGCACGGGAAGAAACAAAAAGAGCCAUGAAGUACCAGGGUCAGGCCCGGAAGAAAUUGAUAAUUAUCAUUGUGGUAGUAAUGGUGUUGCUGGGCAUUUUAGCAUUGAUUAUUGGACUUUCCGUUGGGCUGAAGUAAUGGCGGCCCGAGUGGUUGCUGCACUGAAAUAACCUGAUUUCACUCCAGCCUGGUGUGGCCACCCUUGUCUUCAGAUGGGAACAGAGUUUGAAUGGACUUCCUGAGAGAGAGUGCGACCUGUUCCUUUGUUUCCUUGUAACUGUCCUUGGACCUGACCCAGCAAACAAUUUAGCCCCAGCGGAAGCUAAUCUACCUGAUGCAGCCCUGAGUUCUCCUCAAAACCUUCUCCUGCCCCACCAACUCUGAAGUGCCUUCUCUCCCAGACAGUAAGAACCAACCCAGCUUCUCUUUAUUCCCUCUGAAUGUGUCAAAUUAUGCCUUGCACCUUGGAAAGCCCAUUCCAAACCUUCCCAAGGUGCUGUAUUUUCUACCUCAUGGAGUGUUCUCCUCCCAGAAAUUGCAGUGUAUUUUGUAGGGGGUUAUCGUUAACAACACAAAGGGAUUCUUCUAAGUGUGGCAACAAUAAGGCUUGGCUUGAGCCUUCCACUUGGCAGGGUCUUGGUCCUCACAGUUUGUUGUCCCUAUGUCUUGAAAGUAUGUGGAACUGGCAGAUGUCAUUUUGGUCUUAGAAGCUGACUUGUUUGAAGUUCAAUUUUAAAUUAAGCUCUUA